AUGCUCAGAAUAAGUUUCACCAGAAUUCUCGUUGUGGCCACCACAGCGUUUUACGUCCAUGGGUACCCCAGUGAGCCUAUAUUCGACAAGACGGCUCGCUCGACCCUCGAAGCAGCAGCCGCACUCGCCGACGGAAACCUCUUUGUAUGCAUCAACCCAAAUUUUGGAGAGCCCUGCACCGUCUUCCCAUUCACCGUCGGACAAUGCAUCAAUUUCCCUGCGCCUUUCAAUGACGCGAUAUCGAGUGUCGCUCCAGACCCCGGAUUUAUCUGCACAUUAUUUGUGAACCCGAAUUGCCAGGGUGCGAGUAUCGCUGUUACAGCGCCUGGAAUUAGCGAUUUGACGGGGACUCCGUUCAACGAUAAUCUAUCGUCGUUCAGGUGCUUCCGCCUGUAG